CGAGUCUCGCACGCGCUCUCUUGUGUUUAUUGUUGAUGUUUUUGUGUGCACGCUCUCUCUUGUGUUUAUUGAUGAAACUUCUUUUUUCGUUUUUUUGCUCUCUAUAUAUAUAGAAACGAAAGAUGACAGCCAUCUUACUUCUUUCAUGUUUCAGUAUCAAAUGUAAGCCUCCAAUUCUUAAUCGCAGAUUGAAGAAGCAAAAUACAGAAUUGUAACAGCAGGAGAUAUCAACAUUCUGUUGUCAACUUAUGUUUAGGGAAAAAAAAAAAAAAAAAAAAAAAAACCCUGCCUAAAUAUGUUACAAUAUUUCAAUAAAUGCUGUAUCUCCUUGUCAGUUUCGAGUAGAAGAACAUUUUACACUUGGCUCAAUACUGUCUUCAACAAAGUUGACGAGCAACGAAUAAAAGAUGUUGGCCCAGAUCGUGCUGCAGCAGAGUGGCUGUUAAGAUGUGGAGCAUCUGUUAAAUGGAAAAACCAUGAAAAAUGGGUGUCUGAUUAUAAUAUUCUACAGAUGGAGUUUUUACCAAAAAAUGUAAUUGAAGAAAUUGACGCAACUGAAUCAUGUAUAAUGCACGUAGGAUUUCCAUACUUAAAUGACUUAAAAUAUGUGAAAACCAUCAAGUUACACAAAUGUUUUUAUAUAGAAGAUACUUGCAUUAAUAUGUUAUCUGCAGUUAAGAACUCUCUUCAAAACCUUGAAAUUGUUAGUUGUGGAAAUGUGACUGAUAAUGGAAUUCUAUCUGUGGCUAAGCUAACGAACUUGAAAUUUUUAUAUCUGUAUGAUCUUCCUGAAGUUACAGACAAAGAGCACUGUUUGCAUGUUCUGCUGAAGAAUUUGCCUGAAUGUAAACUGAGCUUCCCUAUAAUACCAGAGACAUAAUAUUUUUGUCUGUAUAUAUAUUAUAUGGUGUUAUUUGCCAACAUUUCACAUUUGUAUUUCAUUGUAUAAAUUAAAGUAAAUGUUUUAAAAACAGUCAGUCAGUGUUUGUGUAUAGUUGCAAAUAUUUCUAAUCAUGAAAGUGGAAAAAAUGAUGUUAUCCAGAAUCACUCUAGCUUCUGUAUUUACAAAUAAUAAUAAAAUUGAACAAUUA